AUCAGGGAAUCGAGAAAUUGCGUACAUAAAGAUAGCCAUGUUUCCUCGUGGUGGUCUUUGCAUCGCUUUUACUAUUGCUACCAUUUCCUGCCCCUCUUGGUCUACGGUUAGACCACUCUCUCAAGAUGCAGGCCAUUUCAAUUGCUCUCGCUCUUCUUUCGCUUACUGGUUCUGCUCUUGCCGUCCCAGCACCUGUUGAACCUGUACCUUCACCUACAGUCACCGCAGCCCCUUCUCUCGACGACCGUGAUCUGAUCGGCGACCUUACAGGAGCUGUCAACGGUGUUUUGGGCGACGCUGUAGGAGAUAUCAACAGCGCUCUCUCCAAAGUGGGAGCUGGCCAACUUGCUGGAAACCAAGCAUGGAGCACCAUCUCAUCGGCUUUGGCACAAGUCACAGCGACCAAGACUCAGACCAACGCUGCAUCGGCUAUUUCUCAGCUCUCGAGCAUUCACGCCGCAAAGCCUUCGGCCAACCUGUUCGAGUUUGUUGCUGCAAUCGCUGCUGAGGGUCUGACUGCAAACUCAGUCACAGAUCUUCUGGGCUUCGUCGAUGGCUUGGCCUCUGGACAGAACAGUAUGAGCAACGUCAACAUUCAGAAGCCCAAGGACACAAUCUAUCCUAAAAAGGGCAACGACCCCAAGUACAGUGUUACCGAGUCUUCGCUUCGUUCUGCCAUCUAUAUUCCUCCUGCCUUCAAGAUGGGAGCUGUUCAGCCUGUAAUUCUCAUGCCCGGAACAGGUGCAACCGGCUACUUCACAUAUAUCGGCAACUACAUCAAGCUCUUGACUGGCUCAAGCUACGCCGAUCCUGUCUGGCUCAACAUUCCUGGAUACCUCUUGAACGAUGCCCAGGUUAACGCAGAGUAUGCUGCUUACGCCAUCAACUACAUUGCCAGCAUCACUGGCAAGCCGGUGUCCAUCAUCGGCUGGUCCCAAGGCAACAUCGACCUCCAGUGGGCUUUCAAGUACUUUACUUCGACCGUGAAGAACACCAGAAAUCACAUUGCCAUCAGUCCCGACUAUGCUGGCACCGUCAACGCAAACUUGAUCUGUCCCGAUGGUCUUCCCUGUGACCCGUCCGUCCUGCAGCAGCAGUACAAGGGUACCAGCAACUUUAUCGACAAGAUGAGACUCAACAACGGCGACUCUGCAUACGUGCCUACCACAACUGUCUACAGUGGACUCUUCGACGAGAUCGUCGAGCCUCAACAAGGCACUGGUGCUUCGGCUUUCCUCAACGACGCCCGCAAGGUGGGUGUGACCAAUAACUACCUUCAGGGUAUCUGCCCCGGUCUUGCUGGCGGUUCCUUCUACACCCACGAAGGUGUUCUUUACAACCCUAUCGCCUUCGGACUCGUCAAGGACGCCCUUGUUAAUGGCGGUGCCGGAAAGACUUCUCGCAUCGACGUCAACAGGCUGUGCAACCAGUACCUUGCCGACGGUCUCAACGUUGGCGACCUACUCAUCACUGAGAAUUCCAUCGUAGUCGCGGCGCUAGCUCUCGUCCUCUACACACCCAAGGUCACCGUGGAGCCAGCCAUCAAGGCCUACGCCACUUACUAAAUCAACCAACCCUAUUAACGACACCUAUCUUUUGUAAAUAUAUUUGGUCGCGAAAACUUGUACAUAUGUCAUGACCGAUAAAACCGCGCUGUAGAGCAGCUUGCGAUGAUGAAAGCUAAUGACUCUCCUUUCUGUCUGUAUAUAUCUCGCUAUCUACCUAUCAUUUCUCCUUUCUCUUGAUGAGCCAGACCCUUGGUGUGUGUAUGUAUAUGUGUUUGUUGCAAAUUACGAAAGCGG